AUGAGCGGCUCCAUACCAGAUUUGAACUUGGAUAACCCACUCUACCGCAAAGAAUCUACCGAUGUCGGCUGCACCUACUUUUUAGCAUAUCGCUCCGUUUUCCUUCAACCAUUUUCUCCCAUUCCUGAUAACAUAUCGUCACUGUUGCCUAAGAAGACUAUACAGGUCAAUGUUUCUCCUCAAGGACUACCCACACUGACUGUGUUUGCCGAGGAGAUUGUUAUGUUGACAGGCAGCCAAUAUCGAUUUCCUGGAGUCCAUCUUGUCAUUCACUGCCGGUCAAUUUCGUUCAUCGAUUACAAUCCCGGCCCCGUGGUCAUUGAUAUGAGCGGUGAGGACAAUACAACGCAGCGAAGCGACGGCUCAGGGCCCGGAGUUGCCAAUGACGCAAAGUAUACGGUUCACGAGAAAUCCUUCUUGGGUGAUCCUUGGCCAUACAAUCCCAGCCUGCUUAAAGAUCAAACAUUGGCCGCCAAAGGUGGAAAUGCGAGUCAUGGUAGUAUAGGCCAACCAGGGAGUUCAAGCGGAUCUUUCACUCUUACCUGCGACUUCCUUUGUGAAGAUGUGUCCAAGUAUUCGCUCCAAAUCUUGACCCAUGGAGGGGCUGGAUCGUCUGGUGGCAGUGGAGGCAAUGGAGCGGCAGGAGGAAAUGGCGUUGAGAUGCAAUCAAUCGAAGAGUGCUUACGUAAUGAUAUCAUUAGCGUUCGGCAAGACGUCUUUUUUUGGCUCUUACCUAUGUAUCCUCCUGCGACCGGUGGCAAUGGAGGCAACGCUGGUCCAGGCGGAUAUGGAGGCAACGGCGGUGAUGUUAACAUCACGUUCACCAUCAAUGGAAAGCAAGCUACUGAUGAUGAAAAGAGUAAACUUCUUCUGAUAGAUGCUUCCGCAGGACCCAAUGGAAAGGAUGGUGUGCCAGGAUCAGCUGGCGAUGCUGGCAAAAAGCCUAAAUAUCCACUGAAAACUACUAUUUGGGAAUCAGAAAAAAGCAAACUUGCUGACCUGCCAUCGUAUGUGGUAAAAGAAGAAAGAAGCGAAUAUGUUACAUUUCCCGGUCCGAAAAUGUAUUUUACCGACUGCACAGCUGGUAACGUUGUCAUCACGAGUGGCGUCUCCGCAUCCAGUAUAGCUAAUGUCUGUAUCCCUGACUUUCGUUACAUGACCAUGCUGGUAGAUCGACUGGUAUUCGAGCACUUUGUCCACUUCACCAUGCAAAAAUACACCUCUGACGAUUCACAGUCGCUUAUCAGCACAAAGUCGAUUGCCGAGCUUGUCAUGCCGUUUAUUCAAAGCAAGACAUGGGUCGAUAGCAUCAUGGAGAAACUGAACGAUAUCUCUUCUUCAACCGAUCCAAGCGUCCCACCGCCUACUUAUUCUGUGUCGCAAACCUUGCAUUUGAAGCUGCUUCAGUCUAACUAUUCGGCCUUGCAAGACAGUAUCCAUCGUGGUACCGACAUCUUUCACAAUAGCCUCGAUCAAGUUGGCCAAGCUGGACUAGGUGUCAAACAGAUGGACGAUGCCAACGCAAACUAUAUCUUAUUGGAGCAAAAUCUUGCUAAGGUUGGACAGCAGUUGAUCGAGCGUCAGGGUAAAAGUACCGAGAUACGUUCGCAAGUCAUCAACUCCCUGCAAGCUGCUAGUGUGUCCAUUAACAAUCGCAAUCAGAUCAUUGACAACCUUACGACCCUGAAAAGUCAAAUCAUUGCGGCUGAUAGUCUUGUCAGAACACGUCGCUUGCAGGUAGAAAGAGCUCUGGUACAUGCCGAGGAUAAAAUUCGCAACAAAGCACAGUGCAAUGUCACCGAUAUCUUGUCAGCUAUUUCCAUGGUGGCCAUGUUUCUGAAUCCUGAGUCUGCAGUCGUAUUUGCAAUUGGCGCCAUGGUCGAAGUAGGCGUAGGCAUUGGCAAAUCGGUCAAUGCAUCGUUCAACACCUUGGAUACGGAGACUGGCGGUUCCGUUGACAAAAGUUACUUGUACGGCCGUAUCACUACGAUUGGCAAGGAGAUUGAUCCUACGGAAACGCUGCGCGAAGAAUUCAAACGAGCAGAGGGCGAAAGGAAAAAGCAUGCGACCGAUUAUCUAACCCAAGUGAAGGCACAAGCCAGCAAGUUUGAAUCGUUGUGUGAGCAGUACUAUCAAAUUGAGGGCGUGGCUGAGGGAAAGGCGGCAUUCAAGCAAUUCAUUGAGGCUGUUCAAGUGAAGAAUGACCUUCUCGAUGAUUACAACAGUAAUUUCCUCAAAAUUGUCAGCCUGCAGGUUGAAGCGGACAAAGCUAAGGAGGUGGCGACCAGGUUGCAGGUUGUCGGCAGCUUGGAUGAAUUGCAAACCGACGAAUUGCAGGUGGCGUACGCGUUCUUGGAGCAAGCGCUCAGCGAUAUGAAAAAGCUGAUGAUUUACAAGCUUUACAACAUGGUGCGCAUGUACAAUGCUAUUACACUGAGACACAGCGAAAUGGUCGCUCCGUUAGCAAGCUUGCAAUCUUUCCAUGGCAUCAAUGCGACCAUGAUUUCAACCAUUUUCAACACGAGUUUCAAGGAACAAGACUUACCAUGGUUGAGGACGGCGUUCAAUAAACAUCAAAGUGCAAAAACCAGAGUAUAUCUAGACUUGACAGAAAAAGACUUUUCGCCGAUGUUCCAGCAGUUACGAGAGAAGGGCCAUUUCACCUACACCCUGGAGCAUGAGGCAGCCUGUUCUUUGACUUUGGGGCCGCGUCGUUUUAUGAAAGAAUGGUUCGAUGUUCGGUACGCAUCAGUAGGCGUGUAUUUUAUUGGAGCUGUGAAACUCGAUCAUCCCGUUUCCGAUCCUGUCGCCGUCAUUAAUACCACCGUCAUGAGCCUGGGCGCUUCCAAAGUGCUGGACGCUAAGGGGGUUUGUCACAAAUUCUACUUUCCUUCUUCCAGCGUUCCCUUCAGCUACUCCUAUAAUAAUCAAGCAUCCAAAGACCAAUUGGGUAUAGCUGACUUGAAGCCGCACUCCUCGGUGGUUGUCAAUGAUACCUUUCGGUUCGAGCUUGAGGAAGACCACAAGCACGAUGUGUAUGUGCAAACUCCUCUCACCACUUGGCACGUGGAUCUGGAUGAGGUAUACAGCAAAGAGGAAUUGGAGAAGGAUCCUAAACUUAAGACUAUGGUGGAUUUGACCAACUGUCAUACUAUUCAAUUGUGGUUUGACAUUGUCUACCGUAGCCGAGGUGGAGAUUGAAAGUCCCAACAUCAAAGCCUUGCAUAUAGAAGCCCAUGAUAGAUCCCAUCAACCACUCGUAGUCUUCCAUAAUUUAUUUCUUUCAUCCUUUCUUAAAAACCUGUAUUUAAAAUGUACCGUCAUCGUUUUGAAAGAUAUGGGAAGGAAAAUAUAAAAACCCUUACAAAAUCUAUGACCUGGGCAGUUACCAACUUGAGAAGUAAAUAUAUUUGAGACUGGCACACAUCGUCAAUUGAGAACAUCCACCACAAAAUUGUACGUCAAGUCAUCCGUUUAUGAUAGAAAGCCACUUGCUUCAAAGGGUUUGAGGACAGGGAAAUAUGCGGAUGAUGCUUGAAAAUUCCACCUAUGCUACUCAGUAGAGUGGCGCGAGU